UCGGCCGGGCCAGCAGCGGCGGCGAUGUACCGGCGGGAGCGGGGCCUGGCGCUGCGCGGGAGCAGCCUGGCGCUCUACAACAACCUGGCCGUCCUGCCGCUGCCCGCCAAGCGCCUCACCUACUUCGCCAGCGUGCACGGCGCCUCGGUCGGGCUGCUCAGCGCCGCUGCGGACGGGCCGGGCUGCGCGCACCGCCAGCUGCAGGCCCGCGAGGGCGGCCUCGGCCCCCCCAUCGUCACGCAGGCGGCCUGGUGCGCGCUGCCCUCGCGGACGCUGCUGGUGCUGGCCUCGUGGAAGGGCAUCCAGAUGUACGAGCCCGACGGCUCCGCCAUGGUCUAUUGGCACGCGCUGGACGGCAUGGAGGCCUCGGCAGGGAUGCUGCUGUUUGCCCGGGGGAUUGCAGGGACAGGACUGCACUUUGUGUGUGUAGGGACAUCCACCGGUUCAGUCCUCGUCUUUGACGUCCCCGCCAAAGGCACCAACAUCACGCUGAGUGAAGUCCUUGAGCAGCACAACAGCCCCAUCACGGACAUUGGCGCCGAGCUCUGUGAGCAGCCGGAGGGAGCUGCAGAUCUGGUGACGGCGGACGACUCCGGAGCAUUGUGCAUUUGGGGCUCUGGAGAGACCUUCAGGCUGAUCACCAAAAUCCCGGCUUCUGACUGCACCUGCUCCUCCGUGAAGCUGUGGAACGGAGUCAUUGCAGCCGGCUAUGGGAAUGGGCAGAUUCGCCUGUAUGAAGCGUCGCAUGGGACCUUGAGAGCCCAAGUCAGCGCUCACGCCCGCUGGAUCUAUGCCCUGGAUCUGGCCCCGCUCUCAGGGAAGCUGCUGUCUGCCGCCGAGGACUCCUUUGUGCGGGUCUGGGGACUGAGCCACAGUGCGGACACAGAGAGCCUGGAGAUCGAGCAUUGCCAUACGGAGUGUGUGACUGACACCCAGAUUUGUGGCGCCCGCUUCUGCAACCCAGAGGGCACUGCCUUCGCCAUCACGGGCUUUGAGCUGAAUGAGAUCAUCCUCUACCAUCAGGUGUAGCCCUUUAAGUGGUAGGCAGUUGCUGGAAGCAGAGGAAGGACUUUGCGUGGCGUGAUGAAGCCAGCUUGGCCAGUGUGAGAAGCAAGGCAGGAGCAGGACAGGAGGGCACAUGAAGGGAGCUCCUGCCUCACACACAUACCUCAUGUCCGAAAAUGCCCCCCCCCCACUCCCCCAAGGCUCUUUAUUCCUUUGGGCCAAGCAGGCUUCCCCUGGGGUUCCUGGCACAUCCGGUGCCAAGGCGUCUUCUUUGGCCCAAUAGCUCAGGGUGCCCCCUCUGCCAGCGAGAGUCCAACCCGCAGUGGAGCUUGAAGCAGGGAGGCCCAUCCUGUCCUACCUCGGCUAAGAGCAGAGCCGGCUGGUGCCUUGUUUCCACUGGUUCUUCUCCUCGGCAGGGUGACUGUCUCACAGCUCCAGGGCUGAGGGGCAGCUUGGCCGGGCCUGCAACAGAGCCCUUCCUUGGGGAAAUGCCAACCGCAGUCCCAGAGCAACCUGGGAUGGCUUUGCGGAUCCUGGCCAGAAGGUCCUCCUGCCCUGCCCAGGUUUGUUUAGACUUCAAAGGCUCCAGAUAGCUUGAUUCCUUUUUUAGCAUUUUAGAGCAAGCAGCCAAAUUGUCUGAUGAAUAAAAUCUAGUUAUGUUUGGCUGACAAGAUAGAAA